GAAGCGUUCAUUUGGAGGAGGAGGUUCCUCUGUUGUGGCGGAGCUCCAGAAACCAGCAGAACCUUGAGCUGCUGGUUCAUUUCUGGAGUGUCUGUCCCUGUUUGAGUUAUGAACAACGGUGGUUUUACCACAGGACGGAGAGAAAUGGCGGGCAUUCCCGAUAAAGUCGACAUGUCCUUAGAUGACAUAAUUCGCUUAAAUAAACGGGAGAAACAGCUGAACAGAAGACAAGCUAAUGUGAAUCGCAUAUCGUUCAAGAAGAAAGGCCGUUUGAGCCAAACCAGGAGCGGAUCAGCAGCACAGAGAGGAGGUGGCGUACCCCGAGGAGGUUCGGCUAUGCUAAGAAACAGAAGGGUUCCUCCAAUGGCGGGUCGGCGGCGGGGUCAGGGGGUCAUCACCGGGCUGGCGGCUAAGAGGCCAACUGUUCUGCUGAGACGAGCUGGAGCACUGAUCAGAUCCACAGCCAGUCAGCAGAGGACGAGACCCUUCAUUCAGCGCUCAGAGGCCCAGUACAGGAGGCCGGAGGUUCAGAGGCGACUGUACCGGCAGCCCGAUCCACAGAGAGGCCAGAACACAACCAUGUCCAGAAGACCUUUUCAGCUUCAACGACGACAACUGCCGCCGGUCCAGCAGACACAGCGGGAGGCUCGUCAAGCCACGUUCCUUUUUCGCAGAGGGCUCAAGGUGCAAGCCCAGGUGCAGAAGCCACCUCCUCACACUCCUCCAGUCAGAACACACCAGUGGCGCACAACCACAGCUGGCAGUGGAAUCUUGACCGUCUCGAUUGACAACCCAACAGCUAGGACUCAACCUGAGCCCCCCACGGCGUGGACUCUACACCCCCCUCCUGUCAGCUCAGCUCCUGUUAAAGUGGAGACGGUGGAGAAGAAGGUCCCUAAAGGAGUACCUCUGCAGUUUGACAUCAACAGUGUUGGGAAGCCCGUAAGAACACCAUUUGAUUUAUUCCUGCAGAUGAUUUCCUGUCAUUGGUUGAAAUCAGCCUGUCGCCCUCUGGCCUUUGUUCUCCAGCAAACGUCGAUGACUUUGAACGAGCGAUUCCGUAUCCUCAAAGAUCGGCGCGUCGCCACGGCCCAAAGCAGUAGAGGCAGCAGGUUUGUUACCGUGGGUUAACCAACCUAAAGCUCGGGAGAUGUCCAGGAGCUCCUCCAUCCUGUUCUGACCCACCUGAAAUGAAGCCCACUUGAAGGAUGGGACUGUGCUGAGUCGCUGUGAUGUCACUGAGAGGGAACUCUAACCUGGGACAAAUAAGCAGGAUUCACAUUAACUGCUCAGUGUUGUUGGAAGAGUGGCUUCAGAAAAAGCUCCCAUUUUUGUUCAUGUCGGUGUAAGCAGCAUUUUGUGUUGUGAAGGGGAAUAUUUUGUAUUUUCUUCUCCCCGUUCUGAUUCGGAACUGUUAACAAUAAGAACACUUUUUAAAACCCUUUGUUUUCAGAGACGAUGAUGAUGGAUUUGCUAGGAUAGCACGUGGAAAACACUCUUUUCUGACAUGAGUUUUGUAAUUUCUUCAAAUAAAAUACUUUGACUUAA